GAGGUGGUGGGGCGCGAUGGGGCAAAAUAUUUAUUAGCAGUCACGUAGUGUGAAAGCUAUAAAAUAAUUGUGCAACCAUCUCAGUCACCACACCACGAGGCAAGGUGGACAUAAAAAUGCUGGCGUCUUUUCCAUCUCUUCUUCUCAACUUGGGGCUCGUGCCGCUUUGUACGGCCAGCACGUACAAAUUCGACCGGAAUCAUGUCGGGGUGGCGUUUGGGCCGUAUACGAAACAAUGGGAGGCGAAUGAUACAAUUCCAGAGUGGAGUUCGUAUACUUUGCAGCAAUUGGAGUGCCAGUUGACCUUGAUCAGUUCAAAGUUUACGUAUAUCGCGACGUACAACUUUGGUACCAGAGACUCCAUCACCUCGCACAUUCCUACCGUGACAGCAUCCAUGAAUAAAGCAGCGAACAAAAAACUACUCUCAAUUGCUCAAGGAAUUCACCAACUGGCCGAUCCAACCUCCCAACUGGCCGAGGUCACCUCCGCAUUCCAAGGGGCUCAAGCUGCCAACGCCAUAUUCCCAAACACCGUCUGGGCCUUAACCGUAAACUGGGAAGAUAUCUUCAGUGUUCAGGAAGGAAUCAAGGUUUCUCAGAUGAUCAACACCAUCAAAAGUCAUCCAGAAUUUCAAGCUUCCAACCUGAAAAUUGGGGCUAGAACGCAAAACUGUGAGACUGCAUUAGACCCCAACAACCAGCACGCUGACAUUGUCGCAAUUCUAACCCAACUCGUACGAGACUCUGACUAUCUGAUGUGCAACCUCUACCCGGACUACACGACCUCAAUGCAGAGCGUCGAAUCUGCCGUUAACUCGGUGUCAAACACCUACUCGAAAUUGAACGAUAUGGUUAAAAGCGUGAAUCCAAAGUGCGACCUGAUCGUGGGAGAAACGGGGUGGCCAUCGGAAGGGGUGGCGUUCAACGGGUCUCCCUCCACCGUCAGCAACAUGGCCAAAUUCUGGGAACUCGUGGGACAAAAGGCGGCAACCCAUGGCGUCAAAGUCGUCAUGUUCGAGGCGAUUGAUGAGCCGUGGAAGUCCGACAGGAGAAACAGGGACCCUCGCGAUGCGAACGGAUUCAACGGGGGGGAAGGUCACUAUGGGUGGUGGGUCCAGAGAAACAAUUCUGAUUCGUGCUCAUUCUUCGAAAAAGCGACCGGUCUCACAGUCAAAAUUGUUUGAAAGUCUUUAAUUGAAAUGAAAUCGUUAAAUAAAGAAAGUUUGUGGAACGUAA